AUGGGGUAUAUAACUUUUAGCAUUGAUGGAGAGUCCGAGGAAUUACCUCUUAAUGCUGGUUUUGUAGUUGGACUUGUACCUCAAAUUCGAAAGUUGUUGAUUGGUGACUCAGCUCCUGUUCAUGUUAUCCAAGAUACUGCACUUCUCCUUGGGGGUGGAGCUAUUCCGGCUGUCACACUGAUAAUGCGAGGAAACCUUUUAAGGGGCUUACAGGUUCAGGGAUCCGUUAUUUUAGGCAUGAUAAUUAUUCGAUAUGUUGCCCUGCCUUUGCUAGGCAUUGGCAUUGGCAUUGGCAUUGUUAAAGGGGCAAUUCACUUCGGUUUGGUGCAUCAUAAUCCGUUAUAUGAAUUUGUUCUUUGCUUCAGUUUGCACUUCCACCAGCAAUGA